CUAACAGCAUUUGUAGCUCUGCCAUCUUACAUCCCUUCGCAUUGCUCUCCUCUCUCCCGGGUUCAAUGAGGCGAGGCGGUGAUGCUGCUGGUGUGCGGCCGAGAGAGGGGCUCCCUCCCCCGGCUGGCGAUUCACAAAGAUGCGUAGCGGGGUGAGGACUAUCGUGUGGACGCUCACAUGGCGCAGGAGGAGGACCAACACACCCUGCGGGCUAAAUUUUAUGCUGCGGUUAAAGUGAUCUGCAGCCUGCCGAACGAAGGUCCCUUUCAGCUGUCGGAUGACAUGAUGCUGAUGUUCUUUAGUUACUACAUGCAGGCCACUUCGGGCCCUUGCAGCUACGCAAGACCGUUUGGGUUCUGGGAGUCGCAAGAACAAGCGAAAUGGGAUGCAUGGAGUUCUUUAGGAAAUAUGACCAAGGAGGACGCCAUGAAGCAUUAUGUUGAAAACAUCCAGCUGAUUUUGGAGACCAUGCCCGUCUCAAAUGAAGUCGCAGAGCUGGUGCAGAAGCUCGGCAAUUUCUACACGGACGUGGUCGAGGACGAAGGUGAAAGGGAUGAGAUGGACAGCAGACUUUUCACAAGACCGUUUGCACAGCAAGCAGAUGAGCUGGUCACUCCGAGGAAACCUGCAAUGGAAGGCUACGGAGAUCUGUGGAAUGAUAUACAAAACGUUCAAGAAAAGGACAGUGUUCAAAGCGUGAGCUUCAAUCCGGUCGAGGAUGCUAAUGAAUAUCUGGGAGAAGAGGACAUACAUGAAGAAGAGACUGACAAUGAUGAAGACAAGUCGGAUAUCAAAGAGUGGAGCCUUGAGGACAAAGAGUGGCGGUGUGACACCAGGACGUACAGCAGCGGCUUGGAGCUGAGCACGUCCUCCUCCACUAACGCCCACAGCUCCCUCAACAGCGAGGUGGAGGAGGAGGAGCUGGUGUGCUUUACUGAGCCCAGCAUACGUUGUAUCCCUACCGACAUGCACUUUAGUGGACCCGUGAGCGAUCAAAAAUAUAUUAAGAAGCACUAUCCUCCUGCAGAUUCUGAUCAUGAAGAAUUUUGUGAUUCCAGUGAGCAUGUGACCAUGGACAAGACGCUUCCUACAUCCGCAGUAUCUCCUGCCGCUUCAGUGAGGGAACAAGAGCUUUGGUUUGAGAGUUCCUCCGCUCUUAAAGCAGAAGAUGGUUCCCUCCUCAAAAGAGAGUCUUGCGUUCAAGAACCUCACAAUGCGACUUUCAUCAGAGAGUCCCCAAUGACCGCUUGCAACUCCCAGUCGUGGUUGCCAGCGUGUGACGGUGUGUCACCGUGUGCACACUCUGCCGCUUUGCCGCCGGCCUGUGACGGCGUGUCACCGUGCACACGCUCCAGCGGCGCUUCCUGGGGGAACGUCAACGAGCAAAUAGCUGCGGCUCUGUUCAGGCUGCAGGACGACAUGGCCCACGUGCUGCACCGCUUGCACACGCUGGAGGAGCUCAGUGUGGCGCAGGUGAAGGAGUCAAGGUCAUCUUCAUUAAGGUGUGAGGACUCUCGACCUGCAGCACACAAGUUCUCUUUACAGUUUCGGAAACCUUCCUGGUGGCCAUUUGACCAUUCGCCAGUUACAGUGGUGAUGACCGCACUCUGGCCUGCUAUUGCAUAUGGACUAGUCCAGCUUUAUUCACGCCGGAAAAGACGGAAAAUGACUUGAAUUCAUCCUGGGACUUCACAUCAUCUUGUUGGAAAAAGCUUAAAAUCAAAUACUCCAGAUUUGAGAGUAUUGUGAGCGCGUUAGAAAGAUUUGGAUUUCAGCGUCAUGCGUCGACCUUUUCAAUAGUCGUGGUGUUUAAUGUAUAAAUAAUUCAGCUUUAAAAUGGGUAUACUUUCAGGAUAUAUUGUCUGCAACUGUUGCAUAUGUAAGCAUUUAUAUGCAUUUUUAUUUAAAAAAAACAAGCAUUGUAUUGUCAGUUAAGGAAAACUUAAAUGAACUAUUUAUAUGCUCGAAAGAGAGUCACUGGUUAUUUAUUAUUUUACUGUAAUUCGACGAAAAAAACUGAAUAUUUGUAAAGUAGAUUUUAGAUUUCGCAAUGCUGUAGUUUUGACAAUCUUUAUGUAGUAUUUUAUGAUCUGUUUUAUUGUUGAUUGCAUUGUCAACAAGGAACACACCAACCAGAGACUCGAGCUGGGCUGUUUUCGACCAAAGAUUUAGUCGAAUCAGUUGACUCUUUGGUUAUGUACGUGAAUCAAAAGGUACUUAGGAAAGGAAUGCAGUCUUUCAUUAAAGUAAACAAAACAAA